AUGGAUAAUUUCUUGAAUUGCCAUUAUAGUGACGACAGCUGGGAAAGGAACAUAAUUCAUUCCAUUUCAUUAUCUAAUAACGUGGAAGCAGUGCCCACAGCUAAGCAGAGGUGUCAAGCAAAUGCACGUGAAAGGGACAGAACUCAAAACAGCGUCAAUAUGGCGUUCAACGCACUGCGGCUGCUAAUCCCUACGGAGCCACCAGACCGGAAGCUGAGCAAGAUUGAAAUCCUGCGCCUAGCUGGCAGCUAUAUAACACAUCUCGACAACCAACUCUACACCGGUGAAAUGGAACAACCUUGCCUUCAAAUGAAUGAUUUGAGUUGUAAAAGUAGAUCGUUAUGUACUUUUUGCUGGUCAACGGUAAAAAAAGAAAAACUGUCAACACCGCCUCACAGCAGUUAUGAGAAACCAUACUAA